AUGGGUCGACUCAAUCAUUACCUUUUCGCCAAAAUUCACGGAUACGACUACAAAUUCGCUCAAGUCCAAGACCCCAAACGAAGACACGGAACCUGGUACGCGGACACAGUCAUUCCAUACUUACAUCUUCCCCUGGAAUGGCUCCUGAAUUACUGGAAUAUUGUUCCGGAGACCCUCAUGGCUCUUGCGCGGGAUCCCGCAGACCCGAUAAACAACGAUGAUCGAGGCCGCACAUUACUCAAUACUGGAUUCAUGAUUGCGCAGCAAAGUUCUCGGACGAAGGAGCUUUUUCAAGCGUGGGAUGAAUGUCUGGGUGAAAAACGGUAUCCAAAAUGCUCGCGUUGGGGCUUCAAUUGGCCGCAUGAACAGGGCGCAUUUGGCAAUUUCAUUCGGUAUGAUUUCAAUGGAUCGCAAGAUAUCAAGGUGCUUCCUUGUGCCGAAGCGAAUGGGUGUCCUGAAUCAGCACACUUCGGAUGCAUGGGGAGACUUGUUCGCCAUUAUUGGAUUGGGAAGGGCUUGGUUCCAGCUGCUGUGCAAGAGUCGGUUUUACGAUCUUUCGUGCCUCGCUUGCACGAGAUGUUCCUGCAUGAUUAUUGGGCAGGGAUUGAUCGAUGGGGGAAUGGGAGUGCUAUGGCGGGAAUUCCUUAG